UUUGGUGCCUGAGUGUGCAGUGUUCCGUGUGUAAAUUGAAACUGAAUUUGGAUAUAGUCAAGAGGUUAUCAAAUACUCUUGUUAUAUUUGUUAUCACUGUGUCUAUUUAAAAUUAUAUGUGGGACCUAGUUAUUGAUAUCAUAUGCAUGUACUUAAUUGAUUAUACAUGAUAUGCACCAGUUAUCGUGUAACGUUCAACGUUCAAAAAGUUGGGAUUUAAUUUUUUAUCAGACGUAAGGACAGUUCAGUUAUUUGUUAUUUAAUGAUAUUUUGCACAAAUCUGUGUAUAUAAGACGAAUGGAUUCCGCUACUGGUUGUGUGGUCCUGGUAACAGGGGGAUCUGGAUUUUUAGGACAACAUAUCGUGGGACUACUCCAAGAUCGUGCAGAUCACGUGACUGAAAUUAGAGUUCUUGAUGUCAUUCCAUAUGAAAAUAAGCUUGAUUACGUUGAAAGAAAACCCGUUAAGCAGUAUGUCGGAAGCGUGACUGACAAAGACCUAGUGAUGAGAGCAUGUCAGGGUGUUGACUGUGUAAUGCACGUGGCAAGUAUAGUGGAUACAUCACUUAUUCCAGACGAAGAAAAGAGUUACAGGAUAAAUGUUGAAGGAACGGAAAACGUAAUAGAUGCAUGUUUAAAGAAUGGAGUGAAGCGUCUUAUAUACUGUAGUUCGGCAGAAGUUGCGGCUGGGUCAAGAAACAUUUACGACGGUACUGAAGAAAAUACAGAAAUAGAAACUGAUCAGCUUUUCAAACCGUAUGGUGCAACAAAAACAGAAGCCGAACGGCUUGUGCUAGAAGCAAACAGCAAACAAUUAGGGACAAUUUCGUUACGACCAGUUGUUAUGUAUGGUGAAUUAGAAUGGAGGUCAAUAGGUGUUAUGGUGACUGGAUUCCUUGCAAAAACGUUUGGAUCUUAUGUCCGAGUUUAUUGCGGAAAAGGACUUUCUGAACAUGUGUAUGUUGGAAACGUUGCAUGGGGAUUCGUUUGUGCAGAAAUCAACCUCUAUCAAGACAAAGUAGACAAAGAAUCGACAGGGAAAGCAUACUUUAUAGCUGAUGGAUCUCCGAGAACUAGCAUCUGGUCUUUUAUGGAAGGCAUUGUGUCUGAAAUAGGUUUGAAACCUAUUGCAAUAUCGUUUCCAGUAUGGUUUAUUGUCAGUUUAUUGUACAUUUUGUUUUUUAUACUAAGUGUUAUAUCAAUAGUACAUAGAGUCAAUUUCUUCGUGGGAAUUCCCCCUUUUCAAGCUUUAGAGAGGAUAUUUCUAUUUAGAUAUGAGAAAGCCACUGAAAAACUGGGCUACAUUCCCAUUUAUAGCUAUGAGGAAGCUAAAACAAGAACGGUGAAUUAUUUUAAAUCAUAUGUGACUGUCUAGCUUAAAAGUUCUAGAGUUAGAAUGAUAUAUUUUAACAGUAUAUAACAACAUGGACAAGGUGUGUUAAUGCAUGGACAUACAACGAAUGUACCUUUCCAAACAAAUGAUGAGCUAGAAUGAAACAAAUUAGGAAUACUUCAUGUUCAUGAACAACCUUAGCUAUGAAAAAGACUGAAUCAUGUUUUUUUAUAACUGAUUACGAUUGUGUUUGUUAUUAUCUACUACAAUUUUGUAUGUUAAUUCUCUAUAGUUUCAUAAUGUACACUAGUAUUUUUUUAAUUUAUUGAAUCAUUUGUUGAUGGUUUAUUUGUAAAUUCAUAAUGCAUAUCCAAAAGCUCAGACCGAAAGUGGUAGACUACAGAAGAACAAUCACUGUACAUUUAUAUAGUAAAAUCAUUUAAAAUGAUUUCAUAUCGAUAAAUCUAUUUCAGUAUUAUAUAAAAACAUGGUGAAUGAUAUCUAAUACAUGAUAAAACAAUAACACAGUACAACAUAUAUGAGAAGUGAAACCACAUCAAUUACCUUAUACAGAGAAUAAAUCAAAGCAAUAAACUAAA